AAAAAGUGCACGAUAGAGACUAGCUAGGGAUAGAAGGAAGGAAAGAAUUAGUUUCCGUUCGCUCUUUGACCCCAACCGCCCAAAGCCGAGGAGCGAAAAUGCGCCCCGCCGUCGGGACCUGCAGAAACCUCGCAAUUUCUCUCCAUCACGUCCCCACCAACCCAUUCAUCCUUCACCGUCGACUCAUCCACCACGGCCCAGACACAAUCGACGAGCUGUUAGACCGACACGUCGUCAAGAACGAGAAAACCCGCGACGACGAAGAAGCCGACCUGCUAACUCGGCAGCGACUCACCAGCACGCGGCGCGAGGCGCUGAGCCUGUACCGAGACAUCCUCCGGGCCACCCGGUUCUUCGUCUGGGCCGACUCGCGAGGCGUGCUGUGGCGCGACGUGCUUAGGGAGAACGCCAGGAAGGAGUUCGAGGCGGCCCGGUUCGAGAGGGAUCCGGAGGUCGUGACCCGGCUGUUGAUUGGAGGGCGCGAUGCUGUGCAGUCGGCUCUCGAUAAGCUUGCCCAGAAACAAAGGGAGCAGAUUGAUAAAGAGAAAGGGGAUCGGAAUCGACGAUGAUUAUGAUGUGUUGCUAAGGUGGUUGGUGAAAGUUUUGUGAGGGAGAACUGGGCUGAAGAAAGGUAGAAAUUGUGCAACAUAGAGAGGUGGGGUUCAAUUCUUAUAGAGACCUUCCAAAAUAAUGAAGACGACGAGGGGAGAAUGUGAGAGGACUGGGAAUGCUGAACAAGGAGAUAGCUCGGCUCGUUUGCAUCCCUAGUCAUAGUACACACCCUUGUCUGGUCUUCACACUUUCACUUCAAUUUCUGAGCCAAAAGUAAUUGGUGUAUGUCGAUCCGAAAUUCAGAGUAUUACUCGAUAUUCGUUCAAUCAAAAAAGAGAAAUAAAUAGUGUAUCGUGAACAGAAUUCUUAGUUUCUGUUUGAUAUGUCAACUGGAUUACUAGUUUUUGUUAAAUCAAUGGGCUGUUCGUUUUACCAAA